AUGGGCCACGCUUUGCAAUGCACAAUUGUAGGCCACGAUCACUUGGUGUACACACAAUGGCGUAUGGCUCAUUGCUGCCUGGCAAACCACUUGCGAUGGACGUCGAAGCAAUUCAUGGACAAUCUGUUAAGCGACCUUGUUGCAACACAACUAUCCCGGUCAGCGGCCGGUGACGAACUAAACAAUGGCCGAUUGUGUAAACACCACAGGCCACGUUACGCCACUAUUCCUUUGAAGUGUGCCCAAAAAACCGACAACUCUCCGAUUGCGCGCCACGAUGGACAACUGUCCGCCAUCAUAUACCAUUACCCCCUGUACACAAUGGCGAUGGCCUGUAGUGGGCACGCAUGGGCCAUUGUGUACAGGGGGCUUUAUAGUUAA